AUUUAAAUAAACUGCAUUCGGUCCAGAAAUGAGACAUAUAAGCACGCCGUAAGACUUCGAGACUCCGUGUCCGGUAAACAGAGCGACAUACCCAACCACUGAGCACUCGGCAUUUCGUCUGCUCUCUCCAGUCCCCGUCUCCAUUUCUUUCAGCAAUCACCGGAGAAUAAUCAAUAAUGUACCGGCGCUCCUCAAUCUGUCUCUACCAGUCCGUUCUUAGACGCCAUUUUCUGACAUCUGCAAACCCUAAUUCUUCGUUCUCGCCCAAACAACCCUUCAUUUCAGAGCCGAACCCACUGUUGAAACCCGGAAGAAGCCUUCUUCGUUGUCUUCAUCCGGCGACCUUGAAGGUUCUUCCCAAUCUGAGACUCUACAGCGUCGACACAGACAGAGAAGUGGAUACGAUCAACCUCAAGUUCGCAGAAGCUAGGGAGGACAUAGAGUCGGCGAUGGAAUCUAAAGAAACUCUGUAUUUCGACGAGGAAGCUGAAUGUGCACGCAAUGCUGUCAACGAAGUUCUGGAGUUGUACGAAGGCCUGCUGGCGAAGCUGCCUGAGAAAGAAAAGGGGGCUGUACAGAGAUCCAUGGGGCUGAAGAUUGAACAGCUAAAAGCUGAGAUUGAUCAAUUGAAUGAAUGAAUGAUUGAUUUAUGUUGUGAGGUUUGUUCCUUCUUUUCAUUUGAGUAUGGGUUUAACUAUCAUACUACUACAAUUCAUGUGUAUUUUCUAUUCAAAGUACUAUUAUUACCCCUUAUUUCAGAGGUGGGAAAUAAUUGUUCAUUUUUUGGUCGCAAGGGAAAUUAAUCUCCUCAUAAACUAUUUCAUUUUACACAGGUUUGACAAAUCAUUGUUCGCUUUCAAGGUCUUUAUACAUCUAUUAAUGUGAACCAUUUCGAAAAUCGAAACUUAUGUUCUGUAAAUCUGUUUGGAUUCAGGUUCACUUCGGUUGGAAGGAUAUAAAUCCAACAGAUGUUUGAUAGGGCUAAUGCUCUUGAAAACACAAUUGCUGAAAAUAAUUCAACCACUCCCCAAAAUAAGGCAAAAGCCAUUAUCUUUACGAAAGUUUGAAGUCUGAGUAUUUACGGGUAGAUGACUCUAAAGAAUUAUGGGAUAAUCUCCAAGAAAGGUAUGACCAUCAACAAAAUGUCCUUUUACCAAAAGCUCAAUAUGAUUGACUCAAUUUAUGAUUUCAGGAUUAAAAAUCUAUAAGCGACUACAAUUCUGCCUGGUUCCAAAUAACAUCAAAACUGAUUUUUUUUAUUAUUUUCCACUAUAACGAUGUUAGCGUUCAUCUCAUUGUCGCUCAUAUAGAAAUCAGACACAUUAAAUGUGGGUAUUGGUGGAACGUUUUCGUUUACUUAAUUAGUUUCUGCAUUCUUUCCUUUUAGAGAUGAUUUAUAUAAGUCAACCAAAUGUCUAGGUGUACGACACUUAUUUGCCCAAUAUCUCAACGUGCCACAUUUAAAACAAGUGAUUUUGGCCUUUUCUGAAGAUUUCGUCGGACCUUUUGUUUGAUGGGGGUUUUGCUUUCCCUUGCCUUUGUAAAAUGAGCUACUACUCUGUUUGUUUCCCCGGUGAAACCCUUUUAGUUUUGGUCCACAAAACCAUGGUUCGAAACAUGAAUCAAAUGCAACCCAUAGUGGUGCUCGUGGACAUUUCAAACGGGGUCGUGGUAUUGGUCUUUAUAAUGGACCUAGCCGGAAAAACAAACAUAGUAGUAGAUCAUUUUACAAAGGCAAGGGAAAGCUAAACCUCCAUAAAACAAAAGGCUCGAUGAAAUCUUCAGAAAAGGCCAAAGUCACUUGUUUUAAAUGAGGCACCUCGAAACAUUGGGCAAAUAAUUCUCGUACACCUAGACAUUUGGUUGACUUAUAUAAAUCAUCUCUAAAAGAAAAGAAUGUGGAAACUAAUUACGUCAACAAAAACGUUCCACCAAUAUCCACAUUUAAUGUGCCUAGUUUCUAUAUGGACGAUAAUGAGAUGAAUACUGACAUCGUUAUGGGUGAAAAAUAAAAAAAAAUGAAUUUAUUUUGUUAUGUAAUAUAUUCUACUAUAAAAGUUUGUUGUAUUGUAAUUUUUAUUUGGUGUGCUUAUUUCGAUUGUAAAAGUUAUGUACAUUUUAAUGAAUAAAGUCUUGUUUAUAUCAUUGUAUUGAACUAAUAUUUGUUCAUU